AUGGAGCACAUCAAACGCACGCGAGCGGGCAGCAAAACUUUCACCUUCCUGCUCGGAAUCAUCGUGACACUGCUCGCCUGCGUCAAGCUCGCGACGGGCUGCAACGAGAUGGUGUGCGCCAGCAUUGUUUCCAAGUGCAUGCUGACGCAGAGCUGUAAGUGCGACAUGAGGAGUUGCACCUGCUGCAAGGAGUGCGCGGAAUGCCUUAGCUAUCUGUACACCGAGUGCUGCAGCUGCCUGGAGAUGUGCCCGAAGCCGAACGAGACCUCCAACGAGUUGUCAAAGCAGUCGCACAUCGAAGACCUGGAGGGUUUCCCGAACCUGUACGACGUGAUCACGUCUGAGCAAGACGCACAGGGUCGCUGGAAGGUGAUCUCGUUUCCGAUCGACAUCGAUGCGGCUCUGUACGGGCCCAAGGCAGACGGUGGUACAAAAUAUAUUGUCCACUCAACCGAUAUGGAUCUGAAGCAAAAUUACGACGAUCCCAACAAGGUCACGGUGAACUGCACCGUUGCAUACCAAGCACAGUGCAUGUCCUGGAACAAGUGCAAGGAAAGCUGUCGAACGAUGGGGGCCAGCAGCUAUCGCUGGUUCCACGACGGUUGUUGCGAAUGUAUAGGCCAGUACUGCCUUAACUAUGGCAUCAAUGAGUCCCGGUGUCGCGAUUGCCCCGAAAACAAGGAGAACGAUCUGGAUGAUAUUUCCGACGAGGACGAGCUAGACUACGGAGACAGCAUGGGCCCGCUCGACAAUGCGGCGAUGGAGUCGUCCAACAUAUGA